AUGUCUGCCUUAACUCCAUACUUAAAAACCAUUGCUUCCCGUCGUACUAUUUACGCUUUGAAGCCAGAAUUACCAGCUGGUGUUUCCAUCAAGGACAUUCAAGAUACUAUUCAAGCCGUCAUCAAGAACACUCCAACAGCCUUCAAUUCUCAAGGUAACCGUGCCAUCAUCUUAACUGGUGAAACCCACAGACAAGUUUGGGACGCGGUUGCUAAAGCUAUUGACAACGAAGAUGGUAAGAAAAGACCACUUUCAGUCAGAGAUGAAGCUUACGGUUCAGUAAUUUUCUUCACCGAUGACAAAGUGACCGAAAAAUUACAAGCUGAUUUCCCAGCUUGGUCUGCUGCUUUCCCACAAUUCGGUGACCAUUCUUCUGGUGCUGCUCAAAUUUCCAGUUGGACUGCUUUAGAAACCUUAGGAUUAGGUGCUCAUUUACAACAUUACAAUGGGUACGUUAAGGCCGCUUUACCUGGUAAAAUUCCUGAAUCUUGGUCAGUUCAUUCUCAAUUAUGUUUCGGUGCUCCAGGUGCACCAGCUGGUGAAAAAUCAUUUGCAGUCAAUAAAGUUGAAUUAUUCAACUAA